AUGAGACAGAAGGGUGUGUAUGCGUAUGACUAUAUUGAUUCUUUUGAGAGAUUUAAUGAGACCAAACUGCCAAGCAAAAAUGAUUUUUUUAGCCAGUUAACCCAAGAUGCCAUAACAGAUGAACAACACUGUCAUGACACAAAAGUUUGAGAAACAUUUAAUUUACAGGCUAUGGUGAUUACCAUGAUUUAUACCUGAAGUCUGAUAUUCUACUAUUGUCAGAUGUUUUUGAGAAUUUCAUAAGUACAUGUUUGCAGUAUUAUAAAUUAGACCCAUGUCACUAUUAUACAUCACCAGGAUUGAGUUGGGAUGCAAUGUUAAAAAUGGCAGGCAUAAAAUUGGAGUUAAUGACUGAAAUUGACAUGUUCCAGUUUAUAGAAAAAGGUACACGUGGAGGUAUUUCAUAUAUCGCCAACCGAUUUGGGGAGGCAAAUGAUAAAUACAUGAAAGAGUACAACAAAGAAAAACCCAGCAAGUAUAUUAUGUAUCUAGACGCUAAUAAUUUACAUGGUUACGCGAUGAGACAGUAUCUUCCAACAGGUGCAUUUAAAUGGCUAACAGAAAAGCAAAUUGAUAAGAUUAUGAAGAAAACAAUAUUACCUAAUAAUAAAAAAGGAUAUAUACUUGAAGUUGAUUUGGAAUACCCUGAAGAAUUACAUGAGCUGCAUAAUGAUUAUCCUUUAGCUGCAGAAAAAAAUGAAGGUAACAAAAGAGAUGCUUUCACCAUACUGUAA